AUGAUUAUACAUACAUUGAAGGAUAGUUUAAAUCCUAUAAAUUUAAAAUUUGGUUAGGAAAAUUCUUCUGCAUUUUCAAUGAUAAUUUUUAAAAAAUUUUAAUAUUUGCCUCUUUUUUUUGUUUUCUAUGUCAAAUAAAAAUGGAAACUGGAUCAAAUGAGUUUGAAUCAAGGAAUUGUUUAAACGAUGGUGAAGAAAAUGUACAAAAUGAAAUAAACAAUGAAAAAAUAUCUGUUAAUAAAACGUCUAUUUGUUCUGAUACAUCGGAAAAAGAUACAAUUUCAAUAAAAGAUAAUAUUGUAACUUUUAAGAAACCAACUGUAUUAAUUGGUCCGAAACGUUCUGGAUCGAUACAUAAAAUUUCAAAAACAUCUCUUUCAACAGAUACGUGUUUACGUGAAAAUAGUGAUGAAAAUCAUUCAAAUCGUGACAAAUCUCAAGAACAUUUACAAGAUUGUUCAUAUAUAGAACCACCAUGGGGAGGAAAGCCAAAAGAAAACUAUAAAAUGGAAGUACUAAAAUCUGGUGUUAUUGUUGAAACAAUUUCACUCAAUGAACAAAGUUUUUAUGUUAUUGGACGUUUACCUUCGUGUCAUUUAUCACUUGCACAUCCUACUAUUUCAAGAUAUCAUGCAGUUUUGCAAUAUAGAUUAGAAGAAGACAAAGACAAUGAUAAAGGUUUUUAUGUAUAUGACUUAGGAAGUACUCAUGGUACUUUUUGGAAUGGAAGUCGUAUAAAACCUAAUAUUUAUGUAAGAAUACGUGGAGGUCAUAUGCUUAGAUUUGGUUGUAGUCAAAGAAAAUAUAUUUUACAAGCUCCACCAGAAGAUGUGGAAGAAGAAUCUCAAUAUAGCUUGACAGAAUUAAAGGAAAUGAGAGCAUCUCAAUUGCAAAGAUAUGAAAAAGAGAAAGCUGAGGAAUCCAUUGAAGACAAAGAAAGUGAAGGCAUUGAUUGGGGAAUGGGAGAAGAUGCAGAGGAAGAAACAGAUUUACAAGAAAAUCCUUAUGCUUCAUUUGCAGAUGAAGAUUUAAUUUUAGAAGAUCCUAAAAAAACUCUAAGGGGGUGGUUUGAAAGAGAAGGUUAUGAUCUUCAUUAUCAAGUAGAAGAAAAAGGAUUUGGACAAUUUCUAUGUUGGGUAGAUCUUCCUACUGAAGAUAUUGUUGGUCAUUCAAUGAGAGCUGAAGCUCUUGUUAAAGGCAAGAAGAAAGAAGCAGUUAUACAAUGUGCACUCGAAGCCUGUAAGAUAUUGGACAGAUAUGGAUUAUUAAGGCAAGCAAAUCAUGAAGCAAGAAAAAGAAAAACAAGAAAUUGGGAAGCAGAAGAUUAUUAUGAUUCGGAUGAAGAUAAUUUUUUAGAUAGAACUGGAUCAAUAGAAAAAAAACGUGAACAGAGAAUGCGAUUAGCUGGAAAAUUAGAGCAAAAAGUAGAAACAUAUGAUUCAUUACUUGAAAAGCAUAAGGAAGUUACAGAAAAAAUAACACAUUUAUCAACUUCAAUUCAAAAUUGGCAAAAUGUAAAUACUACAAAAAUUGAUACAACUGAAGAGGAUGCAUUAGAUGCUUUUAUGUCAAGUUUAAAUUCGUUUGCUUUAACUAAAAAUGAUAUUGCUAAAAUGAAGUUGGAAUUACAAAAUCUUCAAAAAGAAGAAUCAAAUUUAAUUAAAUUAUUAAACUUGACACAACCAGCAAAUUUACCCACUCUUUCUUAUUCUAAUACAAAUUAUAGUACAGAUGCAGAUAUGACUGUUAUAAAAAAAAUACCCUCUGAAACAAAGAAACUUCAUCACAAUUCAUUAAUUCGUCGUAAAAAGGAAAAACAAACAAAUCAACACGAAAAUACACUUAGUAAAUUACAUGUUGAAAACAUAACAGUGGAAACAGAAUGUAUAGAAGAAGUUGAUAGUGAUGAUGAAUCAACUUCUAAUUCAUCUCAUAAUGAAUUAUGUAACAAAAAUGUUGAAUUGCAACGAUCUAAUAAUACUAUUGUUACUGAUAAAAAUGAAUCUUCUGAGAAACAUGAGGAACAGCACAAGCAUAAAACGCAAAAAGCUCAAGUAACAAAGAAACAUCGACAAAAGCAACAAAAAAUAUAUUGUGACCAAGAUACAGAUAAUUAUUCGACAUGGAUUCCUCCAUCGGAUCAAGCAGGAGAUGGAAAAACAAGUCUCAAUGAAAAAUAUGGUUACUAAAAUUCAAUUUGAUUAAUAAUAUGUUAACUGGAUAAUA